CCCCGGAAGCACUAUGGCAUCCACCAUUGACACCACCAAAGAUCCUCCCUCUGCCUCCGCUUCGUUUUGUUGUGUAUCGGGGUGCUGUUGAAGCUACAACAUGUCCACAGGGUGAAGGAAGCCUUCACCAUCGGCCCAUGAUGUCUAAACUGCAGGCGGUGAAGGCGCUGGUGGCCGAGAGACUGGCGGCGGCUGCGGAGGAGAUACUCAGCGCUGUCGAGAAGAAGCUGCUGCACACAUCAGAUAUGCCACCUGAAAAGCAGAGGGCAGCUGUACACAAGCGGCUGGCGGUGGUUGCUGAAGAGAUCUUUAGGGUCCUGGAGAUAAUGAUGGGCGAAUACGAGGCAGAGGUCUCCAGUUCCCACAAGGAGAGCGAACGCCAACUGUUGGACAUCACGUUGAAAGCGGAGGCAAUUGUACAGAGAGCUGAGCACAACAAAACAAUGAUGCUAUCCGUGCUAUGCAUUUUUUUUGCCAUUGACAAACUGCCUCUCUCUGGGUCGGACUGUGAAAAGGACGUUUCCUCCGAGCAGAGCAGGAGCUCCAGUCAGCUCCAGAAAACAUCAAAUCCACCACAGGUUAAAGAUGCGUCCACGGAGACAGACUGCAGGCCGCAUCUUCGCCAAAUACACAGAGCCGAAAAGGGCACUUCAACUAUGAUGGAAACGGAGACGCCGCCACCUAGCGACAAGGUUCUCUCAUCCAACAACUCAGGAGCUGCAAGUGAAGACAAUGAGAAUGCGAUAAAUGAGAAACCUCUCAAGUCAAACAAAAGAGAACCAUUUCAGAUGCAAAGUCAGGGUGAGGAUUGUUGCAAAAUGUGUGGAAGGUCUUUCCACAAAAGUGUCACUGGGAAAAAUAAAAAACCCAGCGAAAGGAAAAUUCCUAUAACAAACAAGAGCCACACCACGGGACAGAGUUGUUGCAGAGUUUGUGGAAAGUAUUUCCGGUACAAACGUUCUUUUCUGAAACACGUGCUCACGCACGAACAGAGCUCCGACGUGUGCGGAGCCUGCGGGAAACUUCUCGACACCGACGAGAGCUUGAAGGUGCAUUUACAAACCCACGGCGAAGAAAACCCCUGCAGGGACCAAACGGAUGACAAACGAUCGGAGGCAGAGUGCUCCGACGCUGAGAGCAGGGUGGGCGACAGCGAUGAGGAAUGGAAGGACGGCGAAGCCAGCGAUAGUGACGAGGCCGACAGCGAGCAAGAUGAGACCAAAGACCGACGUUGUUCGCCGAAGUCCAAAACGAAAGCACCAAACAAACCUAAAACUAAGGAUUACAAGGAUUCAUCGCAUUUGAAAUACCGCUGCAAAGUGUGUGGCAAGCCUUUCUGCUACAGAGCCUCUUUUUUGAAGCACGUGCAAGAGGACGAGGGGGACACAGAUCUUUGUGGUGUGUGUGGGAAACGUUUCGAGUCCGAGGACAGCUUAAGGCUUCACUUGCAAACUUACAUCCGAACGAAUGACUGUGAGGUCUGCGGCAAACACUUUGACGGCCACAAACAGCUGGAGAUGCACAUGAGGACCCACACGGGAGAGAAGCCGUACGUGUGCAGCGUCUGCGGCAAGGCGUUCGCUCAAAACGGGAACCUGAUGGGACACAUGAGAGUUCACACGGGGGAGAAGCCGUACGUUUGCAGCGUGUGCGGCCAGAACUUUAGCUUUAAAGAAUACAUGAUGGCUCACAUGAGGAUCCACACGGGGGAGAAGCCGUUUCUCUGCAGCGUCUGCGGGAAGGGAUUCCGACAGAGGGGGACUCUGAAAACGCACAUGAUGAUCCACACGGGAGAGUCCACGCACCGAUGCAGCGUGUGUGACAAGAAGUUCUACAAGAGCGGAGCGCUGAAGAUCCACAUGAGGUCGCACACGGGCGAGAAGCCGUAUCUGUGCAACGUUUGUGGGAAGAGCUUCACGGCGAGCGGCUCGCUGACCAAACACAUGGGCGUCCACGAGGGGGAGCGAACCCACGGCUGCCGGAAGGAGGAUCUGAAAAAACCCGUUGAGACUCACGGGGACGAGUCCGCACAGCUGACGAGUCUUUAAUGCCUUUUUAAAAGGAAUGGUUCAUCAUUUUCGAGUUUUAGAAUGGAAAUCGUGACACCCCUAGUUGCAGCCCUGAUCUCAUGACAUCAUGUCCGUGUGUUAAAUAUGGAGCUGGGUAAAGGAAGUGGUUAGCCUAGCUUAGCAUAAAGACUGGAAGCAGCUCGUCUAAAGUAAAAAAAUAAAAUACACCUAAAGAUUAAAGUUAACUUAUGGCGCUUAGCCACUGCUAGUAGCAACUCUGCUCGGCUCAACUCAGCCACGGUGCCUCGUCCUCCUUUUUCAACUGCAGAUUUAGUACCGCCUCAUGCGUGAGGCGAGCAUUGCUGGUCGUCAUAGCGACGCCAUGACCUAACGGCCGUGACCUAACGCGACACACACAGAGAAAGGUGUGUUUUUGAUUCUCGGCAUGUGACAAAUUUAGUUUGAAAAGAAGCCGGAGGCAGCAAAAAAAGCCACCGCUGGCUAAACGAUUUAAAAAUGGCGUGUUUGUUCAGGACACCCCCUGUCUGUCGCUAGCAAUGAUGACUCAGUGGUUAGUGAUGAUUCUCU